AUGGCGCUCGAUGAGGCCAACCGCGUCGUUUACAAUCUCUCCCACCCUCCAAACCAGGUCACUCUUGUAUCUGGCGGCGGUUCAGGACACGAGCCGGCAUGGUCCGGCUUCGUCGGCGACGGCAUGCUGUCAGCUGCUGUGUGCGGUGACAUCUUUGCUUCUCCCAGCACCAAGCAGAUCAUGGCUGGAAUACGGAACGUGCCGAGUAACGAGGGCGUCAUACUGUGCAUAACAAAUUACACAGGAGACAUGCUGCAUUUCGGUCUUGCCAGAGAGAAGGGGCAAGCACUGGGCUACAAGGUCGACGUUGUGUGCAUGGCGGAAGACGCUGCCUUGGGUCGCGAGAAGAGCGGCAAGGUAGGUAGGAGAGGACUGGCUGGUAACUUGUUGGUCAUCAAGCUGGCUGGUGCUGCAUCACAGAAAGGCUGGGCUUUCGAGCGGUGUAGGAAGAUUGGCGAGUUGGGUAACUCGCAGCUGGUUACUAUCGGCACGAGUCUCGAUCAUUGCCAUGUGCCUGGUCGAGAGGCAUUCGAGAGUGUGCAGGACGAUGCUUGUGUGGUUGGUAUGGGUAUUCACAACGAGCCUGGUCUACGAACCAUCUCUCCGAUGCCCAGUCCCGAAGACGUGAUCAAAGAGAUGCUCCGGUACCUUCUCGACCCCUCCGACUCCGACCGCGCAUUCGUCACCUUUAACCCCAACGAUAACGUUGUCAUGCUCGUCAACAACUUCGGCGGCCUGUCAAACCUCGAAUUCGACGCCAUGGUGAACCUCGCCCUGAUAGCCUUGAAGCGAGAUUGGAAGAUCGUGCCGACACGCAUCUACGCCGGCGUACUAGAGACAUCGCUGAAUGCCCAAGGCUUCAGCAUCACACUCGGCAACAUGAGCGGUAUGGCAAAAGCCAUGGAUCUCAAGGACGAAGAUGUCAUGGAGUUGCUGGACGCACCCACAAACGCCCCAGCAUGGCCGAAGAACGGCUACCAGCCCCUCAACAUCAACAAGGAAACCGAAGAGCUCCGCAACAAAGCCAACGCCGCCGCGGCCGACAAAUCCCUCCUGCACAAGGGCCCCGCCACACCAGCAUCACUCAUCCCCGCGCUCCGUCAAGCCUGCAAAGACGCCCUCGCAGCCGAACCCACAAUCACGCAAUACGACCUGCAAAUGGGCGACGGUGACUGCGGCGAAGCCGUAGCCGGCGUCUGCAAGUCCAUCCUCGCCAAUAUCGACGCCGUAGAAAGCUCUCCACCACCCAUCCUCGCCCUCCUCGAAAGUAUAGGCGAAAACGUCGAAGACGUCGGCGGCUCCCUCGGCGCCAUCCUCUCCAUCCUCGUCACCGCCUUCACAAACGCUUUAUCAAAAGCCACUCUAUCCCAAAACGCACCGCUGGAUAUCUCUACCCUCGCUUCCUCCGCGUCCGUCGCUCUCGAGAACCUCAAGAACUACACCAGUGCACGGGAAGGCGACAGGACGGUCAUGGACGUGUUGAUCCCUUUCAUCAAUACGUUGGCUGAGAGCAAGGAUCUGAGCAAGAGUGUGGAUGUCGCGGAGAAGAAGGCGGAUAGCACGAAGGAUAUGAAGGCCAAGUUUGGGCGCGCGACGUAUAUUAGUGAGGAUGGGAGCGAGAGGAGUAAGAUUCCUGAUCCGGGGGCGUAUGCGGCGGGGAUUUGGCUGAGGGGGUUGGAGAAGGGGUUUGGGGGGUCGUAG